AUGGAUGCAGUUUCAGUUAUAGUAACCAUUGGAGGAUACUUUUUGGACCCAAUCAGAAAACAUUAUGGCUAUCUGAUUCACUACAAUAGCAACAUCAAGGAUCUCGAAAUUAAAAUUCAGAAGUUGCGUGACAAAAGAGAUGGGGUGCAAUUAGAAAUUGGCGCAACAAAAAGGAACGGACAGGUAAUAGCACCUGAGGUUGAGACGUGGAUUGAAAAGGUACGCAACAUCCUUGAUGAAGAUGUUGAAGCGAAUAAGAUGAGCUUGGAUGGAUGGUGUCUACGUUAUUCCUUGAGUAGAAAAGCUAAGAAGAAGACUCUGGAAAUUGAUGGGCUUCUAAUUGAUGCAACCCCAUUUGUUACUAAAGCGUCCUAUCCUCCUCCUCCGUUGGGAAUAGGAUCUUCAUCCAUAGAAGGUAUUAUGGAUUUUGAGUCAAGAACAAAAAUGAGGAAAGAAGUUUUAAAGGUACUAAGAGCUGACAAGAUCAAUAUGAUUGCCAUAUGCGGUAUGGGGGGGAUAGGAAAAACAACAAUGGCAAAAGAGGUAGCAAAAAGAGCAAAAGAUGAUAAGUUAUUUGAUGAAGUUGUGAUGGCAGUGGUGUCCCAGAAUAGAGACUUGAGCAAGAUUCAAGGUCAAAUUGUGGAUAUGCUAGGUCUGGAACUUAAAAGGGAGAGUGAAGGUGGAAGAGCAGAGCAGCUAUAUUCAAGACUAAAGGAUAUUAAGAGUGUUCUUGUAAUAUUAGAUGAUGUUUGGGAUGCACUUGAUUUAGAUCUUGUAGGAAUUCCUUAUGGAAGUCAACACAAUAGAUGCAAAAUCUUGUUGACAUCACGAAGUGAAGAAGCCUGCACUCAGAUGAAAGCUCAAAAGAUUUUUCCAAUCAAAGUCUUACCUGAUGAAGAAGCAUGGAAUCUUUUCAAGGGGAUGGCAGGUAAUUGUAUCAAUACUCCCAGUCUACAUCCAAUAGCAAAAAAGGUUGCAAAGGAAUGUGGAGGUCUACAUGUUGCUAUUGUAAUUGUUGGAAGAGCCCUAGAAAACAAAAGUGAAUUUGAGUGGAGUGCUGCACUUCAACAGCUUAAAAAUGCUAUCCCAAAAAAUAUUCCUGGUCUUGAUUCAAAGGUGUAUUCCAGCAUAGAGCUUAGUUAUAGUUACUUAAAAAGUGAUGACGCAAAGUCAUGCUUUUUGCUAUGCUGUUUAUUCGCAGAAGAUAGUAAUAUUCCCAUUGAAUUUUUAGUGAGGUAUGGGGUGGGACAAAGGUUGUUUGCAAAGAUUGAUACUAUUGCAGAUGCAAGAAAUAGAGUACAUGCAAUAGUUAAGAAUCUCAUAAGAUCAUUUCUACUAUUAGAUAGUGAUGAAGGAGAAGAACAUGUCAAAAUACAUGAUGUUGUACGGGAUGUUGCAAUAUCAAUUGCAGAAAAUAAAGGUUUUCUGGUUCGAUGUAAUGAAACAAAGGAAGAAUGGCCAGAAAAAGAUUCUUGCGAGUGUUCUACUGCAAUUUUGCUUGUAUCCAAAGAAUUGAAAAGGCAUCCCGGUGGCUUAGAGUGUCCUAAACUUGAGCUUUUGCAGCUAUCAUGUGACAAAGACACUUUGCAGAUGCUCCCACCCAAUCUAUUUACAGGGAUGAAUGGUUUAAAGGUUUUGUCUCUAAUAAAUAUGUCCUUUCCAUCACUACCACAAUCAAUCAAUGUCCUUCAAAACCUUCGGACCCUGCAAUUUGUUAGUUGUGAGAUAACAGAUGUGUCAGCAAUUGGAGAACUUAGGAAACUAGAAAUUCUUAGCUUUAUUGGAUCUAAAAUCAAGGAGCUGCCAGGAGAUAUGAGAAAUCUUAGUUAUCUAAAGUUGUUAGAAUUGACAGAAUGCAGUGAUCUUGAGCGAAUUCCACCUGAUCUCCUAUCAAGUUUAUCUCACCUAGAAGAGUUGUACAUGUUCGGAGUAGAUGUGAAGUGGAAACCUAUGGAAGAGGAAGAAGAAAAAAAGGGAGCAAAUGCAAGCCUUACUGAACUCAUGUCUUUGUCCUAUUUGGUGGCUUUAAAAAUUCAAAUACCAAAUAUUAAGGUCUUGCCAAAAGACUUGCCCUUCAAAAAUGAAACGAUAAAAUUUCAGAUAUUUGCAGGUAAUAAUGUGAAAAUUGAUGAGCAUAAUUUCAAGGAAUAUUAUGAUUAUUUAAUUAAAAAUAGUUUGGGAUUUGCAAGUUGUGACGUAAAUGAUAUUGCGGAGAGUCGGAUGCUUCUUCAACUUUUCAAGAAAUCUGAAAUUUUAAAGUUGAAAGAAAUAAAAGAUUUAAAAAACAUUGUGUAUGAGUUAGACAAAGAGGGUUUUCAAUGCUUGAAGGUUCUAGAAGUUGGUGGAAGUGAUGAUGUAGAAUAUGUAAUGGAUGCAACAUCAGAUCAGAAUCCUCAUGCUGCCUUCCCUAUCCUGGAGUCACUGAAAGUGUUUCGACUAAAUAAUUUAAAAGAGAUAUAUCAUGGCCAAUACCCAAAGAGAUCCUUUAACAGUGCUUGUUUUGGCAACCUCAAAUCUCUUUGUCUAGAAAAGUGCCAACAUUUGAAAAAUGUAUUUUCAUUGUCCAUAGCAAGAGGUUUGGUUCAACUCCAAAAGUUAGAAAUAGAUGACUGUGAUGACAUGGAAGGAUGUUUUCACAAGGAAGGAGAAGAUGAGAAGGCACUAAAUGAUAACAUCAUGUUUCCGCAAUUAACGUCUAUAGAGCUGGACUCUCUACCAAGACUCAUUGGCUUUUGUACAGGCGUGGGUCCCGUUGAGCUUGUCCAACCAUCCUUGAAUCGAGAGGUUGGAAGGAUCGGCACUAAUGAAGUGACCAAUCUUGAAAAGCAUAAGAUGACAGACAUUCAACAACAUACUGGCCCCUUUCCAGAAUCAACACCCAUUAUCUCUCAUAAACUCUUCUUAUCCAACACCAUCUUGUGGCCACCGAAUUUAAAAUAUCUUGAAUUGUGGAAAGCUGAUUCACUAGAAGUGGUAUUUGAUCUUAAAGGACUAAACAUCAACGAUAACCACCAGAAGAUCAUUGUACUUGCUCAAUUGAAAACUUUAGAGGUAAAAGAUUUAUCUAAGUUGACAGACGUGUGGAAGAAUGUUCCACUAGGAAUUCAAGGCUUUCAAAAACUAACAUCCAUUGAAGUAAGUAAAUGUCAUCGUCUAAGAUAUUUAUUCCCAACUUCUAUUGCAAAACUGCUUGUGGAACUUCAAAGCAUUGAGAUAGAAGAAUGUGACGCAAUCGAAAACAUUGUUCAAAGAGAUGGAGAAGAAGAGGCAACGGAUAUCAUCCUGUUCCCUAGAGUUAGUUCCUUGAAACUACAAGAGCUGCCAAAUAUGAUGAGUCUUUGUAUCAAAACUUAUUCUUUUGAAUGGUCAUCCAUUAAGGAGAUUUAUUUGUAUCGUUGUCCAAAAUUGAAAACAAUUGGUUCAGAAAUUCAGAGCCCAAGAAAGUCGAAGAAAAUCAAUAGGGAACUGUAUUCAAGACCCAAUGAGCAUGAACUUGGGUCCCUUGGUUUUCUCUGGCGAUGCCUUGAGUGUGUACCACGUCACAAAAAUUAUGGUUUGACGGCUGUGUCAGACCAAGGCACCACCAAUAAAACCCAAAGAAGCUACUCUGUGAAGAAAGAGGAAAAGCAGGCGAAUCAUGAGACACAGCAAGAAGAGCAAACUGAGACUAUUGAGAAUGAUAAGUGA